AUGGUCAACCCAGAAACCGCCCCCGACGGCGCCUCCCUCGCCGCAAUGUCCACACCACCCCCCAAACCCAUCGACCCCGUAUACUACAACUGGAGCACUACCUUCUCCAUCAUGCUCGGCCGCAUGACCGGCAACCGCAAAAUCGACCUCGAAAAGGGCUAUUUUUCAGAAAUGGACGCUAUAAAAGCGGACUCCAUCUGCAAGCGCUGCGAAUCCAACAAAGACUACCUCCUGCAAUACUCGCCCAUCGUCUCCUUUCUCAAAGACGAAGUCGCCAAAUUGGGCGCCGACUUGAACAAGGACAACAUCCUCUGUCGCAUGUGCACCAACGAGCAAUCCGGCGGCUUCAGCCUGAACCACGGGAUCCUGCUGUGCGCCAAUAAAUUUCGCAAUCGCGGGCACCAGGAGGAUACCAUGGCGCAUGAAAUGGUGCAUGCGUGGGACCACUUGAAAUUCAAAGUCGAGCCGGAGAAUCUGCGGCAUCAGGCGUGCUUGGAGAUUCGCGCAAGUACGCUAAGUGGAGAGUGUCGGUUUACCAGAGAGUUUUUUACUCGGAAUCAGUGGAGGGUCACCGAGCAGUUACAGAAUUGCGUGAGGAGGCGGGCGACGUUGAGUUUGAUGGCGAGGCCGGGGAUCAAGGAUGAGGCCCAUGCGGGCAAGGUGGUGAAUGAAGUUUGGGACAGCUGUUUCAAGGAUACCAGGCCGUUUGAUGAGAUUUACCGGUAG